AUGUCUCCGCUCUCUUACCAGAGCUACUAUAACAAAAUCAAGGAUUGGCUGGACCCCUGCGUGGUUUGUUUCAAAGAGGCCAUAAUGAAGACAGAUUUCUCUUCUCUGACUGUUGCUCAGUUGAUUCUGUCUGGAGCUGCGAGCACAAACGAGCAGGACAUCCAACACACAGCCAAAUCUGAGGUUUGCUCCAUAAUGGCAUGUGCACAUUCUGGUCCUAUGUAUUUAGCAUUCCUGAUUCAGAAGCCGGUUGGCCGCUAGGCUGGAGAGAGCUGAUUCACAGACUCAGGCAAGGCUAUGGGGUAAUUACAAAGACCAAUUCAGUCUAAAAAUAUGAGCUGCAGCGCUCACUGCGAGUCAAACUCAGCCACAAUGCAGCUCAAGUUUCUCCAAUUAGGCAGAGCUUCAUGAGUUUCUGCAGUCAGAGGAAAAUGAUUCAAACAAAGGACAUCAUGGUGACUAAAUGGAGGAAGACAGUGGAGUCUGAGCUGGUUUUACCUCCCGGUCAGAUCAGCCGAGACGGAUGACCCACGACUGAGGAGUCCAGCUUGGAUGGAGCUGUCGGAUAAAUAAUUAAAUGAGCAGAUAAAAGACGCCGUCUCUGCCUCAGACCACUAUAUUUAGUCUUUCUGCCUGCUGCUGCUGCUGCACUCUACUCCAUAGCCUCCAGAUCAGACUCACACGGAGCGGAGACUUCCGUCCAGAUCUCUUCAAAUCCUCAGCUGCCAGACUCUCUGCUGUUGUAGUCACAGAGUGCAGGACAGUAAAGGGGACGGGGUGGAGGUGGGGGUGGGGAUGGGGAGCAGCCAGUGGCUACAGCAGAGCCACUGUCACAAGCACAGACAGCCCAGAGGUCAGGAGGUCACAAGAGAUGAGGAGAGGUCAGAGUGGCAAAGCCCACACCUCAAGACUGGCACAGCCUAG